AUGGCGUGGCUUUCUUCUUCAGGAUGUUUAGAUAAGGCCCCAGCCUCGACCAUUAGGCUACAAUCCCAGAGCUCUAUAAGGGAUAGAGACGACCGGAUAUUACUUGUUCAGGGCUUUCAUGCUAACCGAUGGUCGUUUCCAGGAGGCAAGGUAAAUGAGAACGAAACCUUGAUGAAAUGUGCAGCUAGAGAGGUGAUGGAAGAGACGGGUAUUGAUAUAGAGCACCGAUUACGACCAGAAAUAUACAUUGACCGUGGUCUUGGUGAAACGCUUAGACGUGCUUACAUUGUUGAGGGUCUCCCUCGGACAUCUAAAUUAAAGCCAACUACCCGAAAUGAAAUAGAAGCUAUAACCUGGUUUAAUGUAUCGGAUCUACCAAAACAUUCACAUGAUCAAACGCCUAUGGAAAAAAUGAAUGUCAAACCUCUUCACUUUUUGUUAGUUAUGCCAUUCAUUGGUUUAUUUCGGCAUUAA